AUGGCUGAGAACGUCGUCUCUUUUCUUUUGCAAAGGCUCGGUGAUUUGCUAACAGAAGAAGCCAACUUCUUGAUCCAGCUUCCUAAGAGAUGCAGAUUCAAGACAAGAAAAAGAAGCAGCUGUACGAGAGUAAGAGAUGCAGAUUAUGCUAAGAAAAAGAAUGCAGCUGUACGAGAGUUCGUUGCACAAAUCAGAGAUGCUGCUUAUGACGCGGAAGAUGUCAUCGACAAAUUUGCCCACAAAAUAGAAUCCGAACGCAACCGUAGGAGGAACAAGAUCUGUAUGUCUUACAGAUUUUUUAAAUACGGCAGAAAAGUAAAAAUGCUGCACAACGUUGGCUCAAAGAUUGAGGAGAUCAAGGGCCGCAUCUCUCAACUGAGGGUGAACCUAGAAAUAUAUGGCAUAAGGAGAUUGAAGGAAGAAGAGGGGCCGAGCUAUUCUGACAGGGUUGUGACCAACUUAUUACGCCGCAGUUUCUCUCACUCCAUCAACCAUAAUGUUGUUGGUUUGGUGGAAGCUGCCAAGACAUUAGCGACUGAGCUUGUGAAACCAGGAAACUCCGGCAGUCGAGUGGUUUCGAUAUGUGGAAUGGGAGGGUUGGGCAAGACCACUCUGGCUAGGAAGGUUUACCAUCAUGAUGAAGUUAGGGAUCAUUUUUCUCACUUCAUUUGGGUGUGCGUAUCUCAACAAUAUCAAACAAGAGACAUUUGGGAGCAAAUUCUGUUUAAACUUUCGUCCCCUGACGAAAGGGAGAGAGAGAAGAUCGCAAAGAUGAAAGAUGAUGAGGUAGCUAAAGAACUUUUUGUGCUACUUCAAAAGAUGAGAAGCUUGGUGGUUCUUGAUGACAUCUGGGAUGCGAAGGCGUGGUCAUUGCUAAGCGCUGGGUUUCCAACUCAAGACGAGGACACAGAAACCAAAGUGCUAAUUACAUCCCGCAACAAAAGCGUAGCAUAUCGAGCAGAUCCGAGAGGUUUCCUCUAUGAACCAUCCUGUCUAAAUGAUGAAGAUAGCUGGGAACUGUUCCAUAAGGUAGCAAUUUUUCAAAGAGUGCAAGCAUAUGGAGAUCACCCACCAGCUACAAGGGCAAAAAAUUCUGAAAAUCCUUUCAUAACAGUGGAACGCAUGGAAAAACUUGGGAAAGAAAUGGUAACACACUGUCGUGGUCUGCCGCUGGCCAUUAUUGUGCUUGGAGGUGUUUUGGCAACAAAACGUUUCAUUGAUGAAUGGGAGACAGUACAUAAAACUAUCAAAUCACACUUGAAAACAAUGAACGGCGACCAAAGAAGUACUGAGUUGGGAGUUAUGGAGGCGUUAGCACUAAGUUAUGAUGAUUUGCCAUAUCAGUUGAAACCAUGCUUCCUUCAUUUAGGCGAAUUCCCAGAGGAUUUUGAAAUGCCUACACGGAGACUAAUCAAUCUGUGGGUUGCAGAAGCCCUGAUACCAUCUGAAUCAUCAAAUGAAAGAGAGAACGAGGAAACAUUAGAGGAUGUUGCAUAUCGGUACUUGACAUUGUUGGCAGAAAGGUAUUUGGUUCAAGUGGAGAAAAGAAGUUCAACUGGAAGGAUUAAAAGUUGCCGCAUGCAUGAUCUUAUACGAGAACUAUGUUUGACAAAGGCUGGGCAGAAUGAUUUCUUCCAAAUCAUAGAACUUCGUGACAGUAACAGGAAAAUGGAGUUGUUCUCUUCGCCAAUGAUUAACAGACCAAAUUCAAUAGGUAGGAUCCGCAGAAUUUCUAUUUAUUUCAAAAAUUGUAGCGGGUUUAUCUCUUUGGGAACUGAAGAAUGUCCUCCAGUUAGGUCUGCAUUGGGAUUCAGCAACAUACAGAGUGCAAUAGGUCAGGAGCUUAUUGAAUCCAUAGUCAGCAGGUUCAAGUUUCUUAGAGUCCUAGAUCUUGAAGAGAUUCGAGGAUUCGCAAUACCAAAAGGAAUAGGGAAUUUGAUCCAUUUAAGGCUUUUGACUGUAAAUUCUGCUUGGACAGGUGUGCUUUCAUCAUCUAUAGGCAACUGGAGAUUCUUGUUGGCCCUAUACAUAGAUCCAAACAAUUCGGCAGAACUAAUUCCAGAUGUGAUUUGGAAGAUGAAAAGAUUGAGGCAUUUGUAUCUUCCAAUGGAAUAUGGUAAGCGUACCAAGAAGUUACGGUUUGCUAAUCUCAAUGACCUGCAGACCUUAAAAAACUUUCCAGCAAAGAUAGCAGAUGUGAAGGAUCUGACCACAUUGCCCAAUCUCAGAAAAUUAGCAAUACAAAUACCUGAUGACAGCAAGCUCGAUGAGUUCAUGGCAAUCUUCCAACCACCAUUCACAUUUAACUAUCUAAGAUCGUUGUCAGUAGAUAUUCGGAUGAAUGCUACAAAUAUGGAUGCGGUAAAAAUCAGAUCAUGCUGUCCUCGCCUCAAGAAGCUGAAACGAAAUGGAACGCAAAUCUAGAAAAAGCACUAGAAUACCCUCCAAUAGACUACAUCUUAGCACGCAGCUUCCAGAAGUAUUACUAGAUUUUCUUUUGAACAUCACCUUUUCGACACUUUUGUACCUACAAAUUGAGGAAGACUGAUCAUGCCCACUCCGGGGAAGCUGCCUGCCUUAGCUUGACAAUUGUCUACUCAUCUCCAUUUGUCGAUCAGUAAAAUUUGCUCGAGCUACUUUUAUUUGGUCUCCAUAUAUAAGAGGUUAUGGGGUCUAGGAUUUGUCUGUGGUACCUGCUGUGGUUUUUCUGCUGUUUGUUUUUAUGUUAUUUUUCUCUGUUGGUUUGUUUAAUGUUGGAUGGUCAUCGUUUAUUUCUUUGUCAAUGUUUCAUGUUCUGU